UAUUGAUGAUAUAUAUUAUUAGUAUUAGUAUUAGUAUUAGUAUUAGUAUUAGUAUUAGUAUUAUAAUAUAUUUAAAGUACUAUGAAUGGCUAAAUAAAAUAUACAUGUGUCGAAAUGAAACCUCCUUCUCUACGCACAUUCCUCUCUUUCCAAGACAAUGUAUUAUUUUUUCUUUUUUUCUUUCUUUCUUUCUUUUCUGCCUAAUCAACCAGCGUGUUUGUUGUCAAGGUUUUCUUUUCUUUUUUUUUUUUGUAGUCUGUUAAGGAUUCAAGAUUUUAAACAACCGGUGGAAGCUUAGGCUUUCGCUUCAUUUACGUCGACCAAGUACUUUUCCAAACGUAGCCUUGAUCGCCUGUGCUGCCUUCUCGACUUCCUUCUUUGAAUGUGUUGCACAAAUCGAAAUACGGAUCGAUGGACGUGGAAGAUACUUUUCCUGAUGUUCAACAUACUUGGCUCUUGUAAUCAACAGACCAUCUUUAAUAGCCA